AUGGCGCUGACGCCACCGAACGCGACGCCGCCGAAGACGUUCGGGAGGCUGGCGUCGAAGCGAUUCGUGCAGAGCGUGUUCGGGUCGCCGAGCUCGCGAGAGUUAGAGUGGACGGGGGCGAGGGAUCUGGUGAGAGAUCAGCGGCGAGAGGCAUUGAAGGUACCGCUGAGUCUGCGUAAUGGAGACAUUUUUGGGCUCAUGUUGCGAUUUUUGCGGGAGAUGGAGUUCACGACGAGGGAGACGGCGGUGUCGUUUCGCACGCGCGUCUUUUCGGGAAAGGCUUUCGUGCGGUGGGCAAUGGAUCAAGAGUUCAGGGGGCAAGCAUUUCGAGACGAGGCGGACGCGGUCUUUUUUGGGAACGAACUUUUGAUGCGAGGGAUCAUAGCGCCGAUUUUCAAGGGCGAAGAGAUCGGAGAGAAGAAGAAGGGGAUUCCCGUCAUCGGGUUGCAGAUCCCGGGCGUGCCCACCGUCGGCGGCAUCCCGGGCGUCGGUAAGGGUUGGAAGAUGUUCAACGGAGGUGAGCAGUGGUUGUACACGGUGAAGACACAUGAGCGAAGCGCACUCAUCGCGGCAUGUUUUCGUAACUCGACCGGUGAGGAGAAGAGCGGGAUCAGAGACUGCGUUGGUCGCCUUCGCACGCUGAAGUAUCUCAUCGACGGCGACGAGCAACCACGUGCAGAAGAUGGCAGUGAUGUAGAAGCUCAGACGCCGGUAAUCGCGGAGGAGGGAUCGGAAGAUAAUGGGUGUCACGUCCAUCCACUCUUGUUGCCGUUCAUGAGGAUGCACGAAGCGAUGGAAGCGUUUUUCGAAACGCUGGCCCCACACGUGGCGCUCGCGAUGGCGAGCAUGUUGUUCAUGGUGAAACUUCAGAAUUUAGCCUUCGCGUGCGUACUAGCCGUGACGUUCAUGCGACACCUGUGCUGGGUUAGCGAGCGUCAGGUGAACAACUUGCUGCACCGCUCGAAGGCGGACAUGCUUAGAAAGUUUCAGCGCAUUCGCGGAGACCCGGCGGUGAACAAGUAUGGGGCGGAAUCAGCCGACUGGUGGAGCGCGGUGUUUCAGCACACGUGGGCCGGUUGGCUCGGCGUUUGGCUGAAUAGGGUCAUGCGGGAUUUGCUUCAGUGGACGUUCGCGAGCUUGGAAGUGCCAUUCUUCAGCAAAAUCGAACUCAGCCACUUUACUUUCGGUAGUGUUGGACCAAUAAUCAAGUCAGCUCGAACCUUCGCGGGCGUGGACGACGAGAUGAUCGUCGAGUGGGAUCUCUCGUGGGUGACGGAGAAUUCCAGCUUUUUUGUGUCGGCGAUGUUUGGACGUGGAACGGUGGUGCCGAUACCCAUCCGUAUGCGAAUGACGGACGUACGGUUGGAGGGAAAGCUUCGCUUGACGUUCACGUGGAUGCGAGAAACUGGAGGCCCGUAUGUGCGCGCGCUUCGAGUAUCCUUCGUCGGUUUACCAGAUUACGAUUUCGCCAUCAAGGUUUUCGGUGGGAUCAACGUGAGUGAAAUAAGCGUGAUAGACGCCGCCAUUCACCGCGCGGUAGAUGAGUACUUCAAGACAUCUCUGUGCGAACCGGAGGCUUACUUUUGGGACGUCAAGGAGUGGUGGAAUUCGGGCUCGACUGAGGAAGUCAUUAAUCCCCUGGAUCUCAUCGAUCAAGCGCUCAUGAAAGAUGUCGAAAGACUGUGGAAGCGAUGUAGAUUCGAUACGACAGUAGAGAUGCGCGUGAUGCCGGGCUUCGUCGAGUUAGAUACGAGCGGGAAGAACUCAUCGGUCAAGGAUAAGUUCUUGGACGGAAACAAGUGUCGAAUGAGCGUAAUGAUGGAGUAUGGACGCAAGAGGCUUGUGUCCAAGUCGCACAGCAUGAAGAAGCACCUCGAGGCUGAAAAUCGUGACACGCUCCUUCCCACCUGGGAGGGUAAUGCUUUCGCGAAGCUCGAUGUGAAUGAUGACAUCGUCAGUGACGAGGUGCACUUCACUGUCCUGAGCGAACGCGUCGGUGGGAAUACGGCGAAACGCGCGACCACAAAGCUGCUGAGAAUCAGUCGAAAAGUCAUCGCUAUCGGGAAGAUCGACGACGUGCUUAAAUUGAAAACCGGCACGAUUCACGACAUGGCGAUCCCGCUCCUGGACGCUUCGACGCUCAAAUCCGUCGGCAAGCUGCACGUGCGCAUUCGCGUGAACAUCAUGAAGCCGGACAUCGUCGUGAAUGAAGAAGGUCGACGAGCGUCGCUCAAAAAGCUCGGCCAACGCGUAAACACAAUGUACAGCACGACCCUGACAGAUGCCGCCAAGUUUGCGACGGGAACCUCGAAAAAGAUUGCGUCGACGACAACCUGGGCGUUCACGUGUUUCGGGUGUAUCAAGAGAGAUCGUGGCGAGUCGCGCGUCGAGAGCGCGGAAUCAAGCGCCGGCCCUAGCUCUUCGAGAGUCACCGUCGAAGAUUCUGAUGACGAUGAAGGGUUUUCGUUCCCGAAAAACCCGGUCACGUCGACCAACGCAUCGCCGGUGCGCCCGUUUGGUCGACAAGCCUGGAAGUCGUCGCCGCAACUCGUUGAGCAUCCCGGCGUCGAGAUCGAUAGCGAUUCCGACGCCGAAAAGCCGCGCGCCGGCGACCCCUUCUACGAACACAUCUAG